AUGAACGUUUUGAGCAUAACUGUUGCCAACAGCCGGUCCCAAGGUACGUUUACCACCAUAAAAGUCGACAGCAUACAACAUACGUGGCCGAACAGCGGCAAGCACAGCGAGCGCAUAGCGGCGUAUGGAAAUAUUGACGAAUGCGUGAGAGAACAAGCCUCACCGCAAAUGAACUUCCUCGACCCGACCCUAGCUACAGGUUGUACUCUAGUCUCCACCGAGGAGUCGAAGUUGACACAAGCGGUAUCGGGAACGGACAAGUCCGCGCCGCGCAUGAAUAUUCAAAAGCGGGGGCGGCGGCGGCGAACUCAACCGCCCAUUAUUCAGGCGCGGCAU